GAUGGAACGCGCCGGGAGAUACUUCGUAUGAGUUUCGAGUCCGCUGAUUGUAUUAUUCUCGGACUGCAAUCUUUGUGAUUACGGUAGCUACCGAUAUUAUUUUCCCUUUCGCUAUGGCCGACCCGGAUCCUCACGCCAAGUCGGUGCAGCCGGCGGGAGAGUGCAUAUGCGAGGACUGCGGCUUCAUAAGGCGAGUAUUGAUACCGGAGAUGGUCCACGAUCGUUAUUUCUGCGAGCCCGGAUCCAGGGAGUUCGUCGAGCUCGAUUCCGUCGACGUGGAGCACCUCGACCGCACGAGCAGUCGCGAGAACACGUUACAUCGGGCGACGGCGCGCGUAAAAUUUUCAGGCGUGACACACAGCUUUCCCCUCGUUAUCAAGCUGCCUAAGCCACGCGCGGAUCUUCUGUCGUCCAGCCCGUUCCUCAACGAGGAGAUGUUCUACAGCAAGAUGACGCUCGAUUACGGAACGCACGGCAUCCCGAGGUGUUACCUGUCCGACCUGGGUCGAUACGAUCGGCCCGUUAUCGCCUUGGAGGAUCUGGCCGCGCGUGGUUACACGCAAGUAGAUGAUAAAUUGAACGAGGAUCAUCUGAAAUUGUGUGUGAAAGCUUUGGCGGCGUUUCACGGCAAGGGACUCAAGCUGAGGGCGUGUAGGUUUCCCGUUUUCAGGGAGUUCUAUGCGAAACUGUCUGUACCGGCGGACUGGCUGCACUCUCGUACGAGCAAUGUUAGAACGUUGGAAGCGCAGUUGGAUAAUCCUGGAGGUUCGAGUUCCUCAUCGUUUUUCGCAUUGGCAGCCGAGGCGGAUCUCUAUGAAAAAAUAAAAAAAAAGCGAGACGUAACGGCCAAACUGGAGCUCAACGAUUUUUGGACCAUCUGCCACGGUAAUUUCACGCGGAAUAACUUGUUGUUCAGGUACGAGAAUGGAAGGCCCAGUGACGUAAAAGUGAUCGAUUGGAGCACGAUGAGGUACUGCUCGCCAUCGAUCGAUUUCGGUCACAUUCUCCUCCAAAAUCUGCCCGACGACAAUAAUCUGUCGGGGAACGAGGCAUCUUGUUGGAAUCUUUUGCAAAUUUAUUUAGACGCUGUGAAAGACGAGUACCCGGAAGUGGACCGUCAACUCAUGAAACGAGACAUUAUCGCGAAAUUGCCGUUUGCGUACGGCAUAAUUGAAAAUCGCAUGCUUAAAGAAGCAGGGAUGAUGUUGCGUACACUCGACCGUUUAGGCAGUUUCAGUUAAAACUGCUUUCGACAUUCAUCGUUAGUUUAUAUUUGACGUUUCGCAGUCCUCGCGUUAUUCCGUACAUUAAAUCUUAUCACGACUUUAUCGCGCAUAUUCGUGAUAGCAACAUAGAAUACAUCAGCAUACAUAGUAAAUGUUUAAGUUGAAAGGUCUACCUUUAUCGUUGCACUUGUAUUGUAUAUAAUACUUAACAGAUAAUGUAAACCAGUGUAAGAAAGUGGAUAUACCACGGUACCGUGCGGAGUUAAUUGUAAGAUUAGACUAAUAGAAAAGAUUAAUUAAAAAUUGCGGAAUCA